AUGGAAGUUGAAAUAGUAUCCAGAGAAACCAUCAAACCUUCCACCCCAACCUUGCCACAUUACAGAACAUACAACCUUUCUUUUCUUGAACAGUUGAAUCCUCGUACUUACACACCAAUUGUUUACUUCUACCCCAAGGAAGCAUCUGCUUCUGACCAUUAUCCUAAUUUUUGUGAUAAAUCCGAUCAGCUCAAGAAAUCUCUGUCAGAAACACUAGCCAUAUACUACCCAUUUUCCGGUAGGAUCAAAGAUAGAGUCUCCAUCGAUUGCAAUGACGAAGGAGUCAUUUUUAUAGAAGCAAGAAUCAAAGUCCAGCUGUCUCAAAUUCUCGAGCAGCCGAAAGAUGAGGAGCUGGACCUGUUAUUCACAGACAAGUUACAGUGGAACGAUGACUCCAAUCUAACAGUCAUCUUGGCUGUGCAAGUAAGCUUCUUCGACUGUGGUGGAAUGGCAAUUGGUAUCUGCAUGUCACAUAAAGUAGCUGAUACUUCCACCAUGAUCAACUUCAUCAAUGACUGGGCAGCCAUGACCCGUGAUCACAAAGCUGAUCAAUAUGUGUCUCCCAAGUUUAUUGCAGAAACUGUAUUCCCCCGGGGUGAGAUUCCACUGCCACCAGAAUCUGUGAUUGAGAAAGGAGACUGCAUUUCCAAGAGAUAUGUUUUUGAUGCCUCAAAAAUUGCUGCCCUCAAAGCCCUGGUAUGUGACAAAGUGCAAAACCCCACAAGAGUUGAAGUUGUGACUGCUUUCAUCCAUAGAUGUGCCAUAUCUGCCUUGAAAUCGAAUUCUGGCUCCUUAUCGAACCCUAAUACCCUUUUGAUCCAGACGGUGAAUAUGCGUGCUAGAAUGGUUCCUCCAUUGCCGAAAAGCUCAGUAGGUAGCAUGGUUUGGUACUAUGCAGUGUCCACAGCCGAGGAAGAGAGUGUGAUAGAGUUGCAUGAGCUGGUGACUCAAAUGAAGGAGAGGAUGGCCCAAUUCUGUGGUACCUAUUUGGAGAAGUUUGGUAAAGAAUGGCCUUCGAUCUUCUUGGAGUGUAUGGAAGAGUCAAGGAAAUCGUUUCAUAUACAGAAUCUGGUUGUGUACAGAUGUAGUAGCUGGUGUAGAUUCCCAAUUUAUGAAGCAGACUUUGGCUGGGGAAAGCCAAUUUGGGUCACUAUUGCUAGCUGUGUGCUGAAAAAUACUAUCUUUCUGAUUGAUGCUAGGAAUGGGGAAGGAAUUGAAGUAUAUGUGAAUUUGGAAAAGCAACACAUGGAUAUGUUUGAGCGUGAUCCUGAGCUUCUGGCAUUUGCUUCUUUGAAUCCAAGUGUGCUAAUAUAG